UAAUGAGUCAUAACGAGUACUUCGUUCCCUACUUAUCAGCAGCAUGUCCGGACGAAACAAGCUUACUAUCGACAUCUUGUUGGAAGUUAUGCACACAUGGACUCUUUAUCGAAGACCACCGAAGCCACUAUCCGACUAGCACACGCUGACGAUCAGUUCAUCAUGGCAUCUAUCGCUGCCAGAGCAAAUUUCGAUGAUGAUCUAUUCGGCAAGAUCAUUCACCCGUAUCGCGAGCAAUAUCCCGAAGACAUGCAUAUCUUUUGGCUCAAAAAGUUCCGCAAAGCAUGGCACAACCCCUAUAAUCUGUUUCUGGUCUCGACUGUACAACACAAUGGUUCCGAGCUCAUCACUGGUAUGGCUCAGUGGAGCCGUAGGGGCGAACACUUCAACGAGUACCAAGCUCUCCUGAAAGAAUGCCUUGAGCCUGCUUUACCUGUCAACAGGGCUGCGGAUCCACAGAUGGAAAACUUGAUCGAGCGAUCAGGCUCAUACCUGCCUGAUCUCUGGACUGGCGAUCGAUUCGAGUGUUGGCGUCUGAACGGUCUGGCAAUCGAUCCAGUGCAUCAAGGUAAUCGUCACGGCACAGCUUUGGUCAGAUACGGACUGGAUCUCGCAGCUAAAGAGAAUAUCGCUGCAAGCGUGAUCAGUGCAGCGAAGAAAGAAGUGGCCGAAGGGUUCUACGCAAAGCUAGGCUUCAAAAGUAUCGGCAUUAGAGCGGUGGAUGGUGAAGGAAACCCACUCAGUGGCAUCGAAGGUGGUCAGAUCAUGUUCAAAGAUAAGCAAUGACACGGACCAGAGGAAGCACAUCCUUGCUCAAUGCACCAUUACUAGGGGUGACCCUGCCUUCAGCUGAGCUGUAGCUUCCCCGCACAGCACUUGGGGUUUCC